AUGGAGAAGGGGCCCUUCUCGGUGGAGUGGCUGGCUCAGAGCAGCCGCGGCGGAGCUCGGGAGCUGCCCGGUGAGUCCCGGCCGUGCCCCCCGGGUCCCCCCGAGCAGAGGCGGGCGGGGCGCGGCCGCCACGGUGUCACCGCCGCCCGCGGGGCCCGGGGCCCGCCGAGGGAAGGGUCCCCCGUUCAUUCGCCCCCAUCUGUCCCCGCAGACUCGCCCCGGGAGCGGGAGGCCGCGGAGCGCCCCGGGCACGGAGCGGUGCCGGCGGGCGCGGCGCCCGGGCGGCCCCGCACUAAGUUCUCGGCCGCGCAGCUGCAGGAGCUGGAGCGCAGCUUCCGCGAGCAGCGCUACAUCGGCGCCGGCGAGAAGCGGCGCUUGGCCGCCGUGCUGAACCUCUCCCAGAGCCAGAUAAAAACCUGGUUUCAGAAUCGUCGUAUGAAGUUCAAACGCCAGACUCAAGAUGCCAGGAUAGAAGCUCUUUUCUCUGGCUUGCUUUUGCCCUGUCACUGUUACCCAGACAUGGCUACAUCCAGCUAUCCUCAUGGGAUGGACGUCAAUGUCUCUGCUACCUCUGCUGUUUCUCUUCACCCAGCUGUGCCAAACCCUGCCUUGUUGUUACCUUCUGUUCCAGCUCAGUCUCUUCAGCCAGUUUUGCCAAGUCCAGCUUUACUAUUGCCUCCCGGACCAGGAUUAUCUUGUUACUCUUCUGUGCUUCCAGCAGUGACUCUAACCACAGAACAUAAGACUGAUGUUCCAACGAGAUCUUCCUUCCUGUUAAAAAUGUAAAAGAUUAUAUGUAAACUCAAAAAAGUGCCAAAUAUCUCUAAGAGUAAUUAUUUAUUUUGUUAUAUUAAAUAAAGAUUCUUUGAAUUAUUUUCUUUACAUAAAAAGUUUGAUUAGAGGAGAAAAUAAUUUGCCCAUAUUAGAGAAGUUAUACUGAGAGUGGAAGUGGAGGACAUGAAAUCUCUUUAUACCCACAGUUAUCACCAUGCUGUAUAGAAACUUCUGUAUAAAUUUUCCUAAGUUUUCAGAAAAUAACCUAUGUGGGGAUAUCCACUAAAAAAG